AUGGCCUGUCUGCGCUAUCUAAUCUGUGGUGGGCACCUGUUAGCGGCAUUGUUUAUCGCGGCCGACCUUCGCGGCGCAGAAAUAGACUCGGACCUGCCACCUCGUAUAUCGAUCACGGCGCGGCUGCCGCACCGGAUUCUUCUGGAAUUCGGGUCUACGUCUUCGGUACAAGCGGAUCGAAGCUUACAGAAAAUCGAACGGAACGCGAAAGAGGUGGGACGUGGAGCUUUCUCGUGGUUCGACAUCGAACUAUAUGGAGGAAUUAAAAAAUGUAGAAUCUCCCUUUUU